AGGAGGGGGCAGUGAGUAGUGAGUGAGACACAGCACAGUCAGAAGCGAGCACAGAGUCUGAAAAGGGCUGUCAUUCAACUACACUUAUCUCAAUGUGAUAUGUGAACCGGCUAAAUUGUCCUCACUGUCUUUCUCUGCUGUGGGACUCAGUGAUGUGUCAGCUCGGUGGCUCCAUUAAGGCCUGGAGUGCGCUAAGUUUAUGUUAGCAGUCUGUCGUUAGCUCCUGUCUUUAGCUCCCUCCCUCCCUCUCUCUCCCCCUCUCCCUCUCUCCUGCUGCUGCUUACUUCACACAACUUGUCAACAGCCGAUCGAUCGUGGACCGGACUCGGAACUGUUUUUUUUUCUUUUGCUGUUCGCUUGUUGGUUUUUUAACCCUUUGGCAGCGUUUGUUGUGUGGAAACUCCUUUGAAGCAGCUACAGCAGUACUAAGAGAGACUACAUUCAAGGACGGAUUAAUCCACUAGGGGGCCCCAAGGCAAAAAGUGGAGCUAUGAUGGCCACGUGACAAGAGGGGAGCCGCUGAGUCAGCUUCAACGGGAGCCAUGGAAGGGAUUCAACAAACUACCACAGAGCAGCAUGAUGGAGCGAAUGGUUACCGCGAGCCUAAAUCCCCACAGGACAAUGCUGACGUUAGGUGGACGUCACUGGAGCGAGAGUCUGUGGGUUCAGACAGCUGUGGGGGAACAAGUGUGUCGGAGUUGACUGACCUGCAAGAGCUGAAGGCCCGAGAAAGUGAGGAUGAAGUGGACAGAGAAGAGAGGGAGGCGGUGCCUGUCUCUAAAGACCCAAAAGGGGACCAGAAGAAAAUAGAGAAUGAAGGUCUGGAUCAGGAAGAGAACAAUCACGGCAAGGAAAACAGCAGUGCAGCAUCCAGCUAUACAGACCUGUCCCAUACCUCGUCACCCUCGCUGUCGGAACAACUGCGGCUUGGCCGUGAGGACAGCGCAGCGUCUGGAAUCAGUGUGGAGUGUAAGGUCUGCGGUGACAAGGCCUCUGGCUUCCACUAUGGCGUGCAUGCCUGUGAGGGUUGUAAGGGCUUUUUCCGCCGAACUGUAAGAAUGAAACUGGAAUAUGACCGCUGUGAGCGUUCAUGCAAGAUACAGAAAAAGAAUCGCAACAAGUGCCAAUAUUGUCGCUUCCAGAAGUGCCUGUCUUUGGGAAUGUCCCAUGAUGCGAUCCGAUAUGGACGUAUGCCUGAGGCUGAGAGGAAGAAGCUGGUGGCAGGCCUGCUCGCUGAGGAACUGAACCAUGGCAAACCAGGUGGCUCUGACCUGAAGACCUUGGCCAAACAAGUCAACGCAGCCUAUCAAAAGAACCUUAGUAUGACCAAGAAGAGGGCCCGCAGCAUCCUCACAGGCAAAACCAGCAGCACCUCGCCAUUUGUAAUCUACGAUGUAGACACACUGUGGAAAGCAGAAAGUGGUUUGGUAUGGAGCCAGUUAGUUCCCGGGGCACCGCUGACCAAGGAGAUUGGGGUCCAUGUGUUCUAUCGUUGCCAGUGUACCACAGUGGAGACUGUGCGAGAACUCACUGAGUUUGCCAAGAGCAUUCCAGGGUUCGUUGAUCUCUUCCUUAAUGACCAGGUGACUUUGCUGAAGUAUGGUGUGCACGAGGCUAUUUUUGCCAUGCUGCCGUCUCUCAUGAACAAAGAUGGACUGUUGGUGGCCAACGGAAAAGGUUUCGUCACCAGGGAGUUCCUGCGAAGCUUAAGAAAGCCCUUCAAUGAGAUCAUGGAGCCCAAGUUUGAGUUUGCGGUCAAGUUUAACGCUCUGGAGCUGGAUGACAGUGACCUGGCCCUGUUUGUUGCUGCCAUUAUUCUCUGCGGAGAUCGUCCCGGGCUGAUGAACGUAAAGCAGGUGGAGCAGAGUCAGGACAACAUCCUCCAGGCACUGGACCUCCACCUCCAAGCAAACCACUCGGACUCUGUCUACCUCUUCCCCAAGCUGCUGCAGAAGAUGGCCGACCUUCGUCAGCUGGUUACUGAGAAUGCUCAGCUCGUCCAAAAGAUUAAAAAGACUGAGUCAGAGACUUCGCUCCACCCUUUACUACAGGAGAUCUACAAAGACAUGUAUUAGUAAAUCCUCAGCACAGACUGCUUUUAGCAAUACUGUUACAGACGUUUUUACAUUCAGAAUAAUACACUGCAUUUAGUACAAGCACUGUUCCACAUCUGGGCAUGGAUUUUAUAAUAAAAGCAGAUGAGACAAAAAGGCUUGUAGCACAGCUAACACAAUCAGGAACGUCUACACAAUGUCAGCAUUACCUUCAACAUUGCUGUGUGUGUGUGUGUGUGUGUGUGUCUGAUCUGAACAUCUGGAAUCAUUUGCUGCAAGUCCUAGUUUCUCACAACGGUCACUUAACAGAGAGAAUGAUAUGUUUUCUCACCGAGGCUGCUCCUAUUUCAUCCUCAUCAACGGCAAAGCUGACCCCAGAGCAGUGUCUAGAGAGAGCUUCUCCUUCUUCAACUCAGCUCAGUGUUUUGCUGUGUAGAGAAAGUGUUUCCUAUUCUUACACCAUUGACAUUGUUGUAAAAGAGAAGAGCCAUUAGUUUGCACUUUGCUCGAGUUUCUCAUGACGCCAAUGUCAUUGGUCGAGUGAUAAAUGAGUGGGUGAAGCUAAAGAUGCACAAAUUGUUUGUUUUUUUCUUCACAUCAUUUCCUCAACAAUCACUGCCUUUCUUUGCCAUUAUUUGGUUGAUAGAACACAAACUGGGCUGGCUCCAGCAGUGCAGAGCUCUCUCAAUACAGCUGUCUGUGCAAUACCAUUUCUAUUUUUCAAUGAAUGGAGAUCCAAGUUUUGUAGGUUUUUGUCUUAAAGCCAUCUACCCAAGUGGUAACUAAUGGACUAUGCUGCACACACUUGGUUCCUGAAGCUGACACUAUAAAUGCAUGACCCGUUGAAGUUUAAGGGAUAGCAUGUUGGGUUUUUUUUUCCUCAUGGACAUGCAAAAUAUCAUAAAUUUGCCAUUUUAAGUUUUUUUUUUUGUUAGUUUGUUUGUAAUUUUGUUACUAAUUAUUUGUAAUUGUUGAUCAUACAUGUAAGGACAAAACAUGAAUAAUCAUUUUGUUUUAUGUAAAUGUGUUAUUUCAUUUUACAUGUCUGCUUGUUUAGUUUAGGUUGUACCAAAUAUAUCAUCAAGCAUACCGAUACCUUUUUUUUUUUCUUAAUGAGCUUGGAUUUUAAGGCAUUUGCAAGAUUUACCUAAAACCAGCAUACUGUAACAUGAUAUUAUUAUUGGGGAUAUGAAUGAUUAGUAGUCAAUGCAGCAUCUGGCAAUUCAGAAGUUGUUUUUGCUCACCCUGUAUAAAACCACAACAAAAAGCUAUUUUCACACAUGCACUAAACUCCUAAGGUUCUCUGUAGAUGUGUGUGUAGGAGCUCCAUGUAUGAACAUAGUUGUGGCUUUGGAGAUUCUCCUGCCAGCUCCAAAGUAUCAUAUCUGCUUAAUGUCCGUGUGGGUUUAUGUGAAAACACAGAAGGAGAAUUUCCAGAGGACCCACAGCAAGUGAAUGGGUGUAUGUCCUACUUCCUAUAAGAACAAACGAGGAGCAAACACCCUCAUCUGGAUCCUCAGGAGAUUUUCAUUCGCUGUGAAAACGUCUCUGUGAGAUAAUCUCCCGCUGCAUUUGUCAUACUCUAUGUAAACAGCAAACUUGGGAGAAUGUCUGGACUAAGAACUCAAGAAGUCCAUGUCUGAAAACUGCUCUAGAGUCAUACUUUAUUGUUUGUAGUCUGGUUUUCCUAAUAAGGAGAGGCACAAAAUGUGACAGCUUUACAAUACUGUUGUUCAUAUAUUUUGUUUGUUUUUUUCCAUAUUCUGUGGACUUGUUUUCUUUCCUGUGCUAAGUAUGUGACAUAAGUCUCCACCUUCUUAAGUCUCAUCUUGUGCUACAUUUUUCUCUCAAUCCCUAUCUACCUCUAAUGUACUAUAUGUGACACAAUUCCACUGUCUCAUCUAAUCUCUGACAGUUCUUAAUUGACAGUUUUUGCCUUAAUUCCUGCUUUUGGUACACGUUGCAAAUUUGAUUUUACUGGCUAAUGUGGGUGGAUAAAAGCAGUAUGUACACCAAAACCAAGAAAGUUGUUGAUGUAAGCUACCUCUAUGCCUGUGUAAAUGAUGGACAAUAUUUGUUCACAAAAAAGUGUGAAGACUGGAAGUAAUUCUAAAAGUCACAUGUAACCUAUCUUCAGAUGUAGUUUAGUUCAAUCUCAUAUAUAAACUUUAUUAGAAACA